GGGGUGUCUUGUUAUGUAUGCACUGAUGGUUUGACAGUGUAUAUUACAGCACCCUAGUUUACCAGUGCUAGAACUAAGGAAGGUCAGUCAGAGAGUGUUGUAGACAUAUAUCCCUUUUUGGUCUCUCUUGGGAUACUAGAGCCGAUCAGCAGCACACGGUCUCGGGAGAUCGGUCGACGAGAAACUGCACUGUUUGGAAUUCGGGGAGUCAAUCUUGCUUGUGUUCCUUUUUUCCGUAGCAUAAGCUUAAGUCAUCUCAGAAGGAUAAGGUUCGGCAGUUUAUGGCAUUUACUCAGGCUGGGGAGAAAACUGCUCUAUACUGCCUGACACAGAAUGACUGGAAACUAGAGACGGCGACGGACAACUACUUCCAGAACCCAGAACUCUACUACAAAGAAUCCAUGAAAAACUCAGUAGAUCGAAAGAAACUGGAACAACUCUAUAACCGAUACAAAGAUCCUCAGGAUGAGAAUAAGAUUGGUAUAGAUGGGAUCCAACAGUUUUGUGACGAUCUUAACCUGGAUCCGGCCAGCGUCAGUGUUUUAGUGGUUGCAUGGAAGUUCAGAGCUGCUACUCAGUGUGAAUUCAGUAAGAAGGAGUUUGUAGAUGGAAUGUCAGAACUUGGCUGCGACAGCCCAGAUAAACUUAAAUCCCAACUACCAAGAUUAGAGCAAGAAUUAAAGGACCCAGGAAAGUUCAAAGACUUCUACCAGUUUACAUUUAAUUUUGCUAAAAACCCUGGACAAAAGGGCCUAGACUUGGAAAUGGCCAUUGCGUACUGGAAUUUAGUUUUGACGGGAAAGUUUAAAUUUCUAGAUCUCUGGAACAAGUUUUUAUUGGAACAUCACAAAAGAUCAAUUCCCAAAGACACGUGGAAUCUACUUUUAGACUUUGGAAAUAUUAUCGCAGAUGACAUGUCAAACUACGAUGAAGAAGGGGCCUGGCCUGUUCUUAUAGACGACUUUGUGGAAUUUGCACGGCCAAUAGUCACGGGAGGCAAGCGCAAAAUUGUAUAAUUGUAGGCUCUCUUCAUUUUAAAGACUAGAGACUGAAUACCGCAGAAGUGCUCUGCAAGGAAUGAAGAAAAUCAAAACAUCAAAGGAAUGAAGCUCUUCUGGGGCAAACACCCUCGCGCACACGGUUUUUGGGCUGUGCAAUUGUGGCAGGACAUUAAACAACUUCCUUCAGCUUCUAUGGGGCAACAUAAUGACGGCUAGCUCACAGAGUGCAAGAAAAAAAUGGCAAAUUCAAAAGAUAGCUCUGGCUGUAUGUAGGGGGGGGAACUGGCUUCAAGUAUUGUAAUGGUUGUAUGAUAUAGGAUAUAGAUUCUGCAUGUUUUUAUAUUUUGGAACAAUGUAAACUACAGACAUUUUAUUAACAAGAGUGAGAAGGCAGGGAAAAAAAGGCUUGAGGUUUGGAAAGCACACAGCAUGCCAUUCAGUUCAUGACCCGGUGAACACCAGCAGUCACACAUUUACAUUUGUAAUAUAUUGUACUUGUAUAUAAAGAAGAAAAGUAAUUGUGUAAAUUCAAUAGUCAGUUCAAUCUGUAUGUAGUAUGCUCCAUUUCUUUUCUUUUGAAUGCCAGCCUACAGAAUUUGGUGUGGUUAAAUUUACAAAUAGUGGUAAAAAGAUACUAGUAAAAACCAAAGGAUGUCCUUAUUUCAACAAGGGUUCAGGCGAAUCAUCCCUUGUUCCGUUCCAAACUAAGUCGUCACUGUGUUUUAAGUCAGCAGCUAUACGCACACUACUUGGCUUCUUGCAGCCAGAGCAUUUGAAAUGUCUUUGUUUUGCUGUUUCUUCAUUGUCUUGUAUAGUUACACUAAGUGUAGAGUGGCCCCACAGAGCAAUGCAUCUGAAAGGGUGGCAUUAUAGUUUGUUCAGCUUCCUUGAAAAGCAAAGGACACUGUAACAUUACUUACUGUAACCAUACAAUCUACACUGAUAUAAACAAGGCAAUUAACCUGUCAGAAAUGCAACAUAGUGGCAAAGAAUAGGCAAAGUUGAUGUAUUCAUAUAUCAGUCAUUCUCAAUGUACCAUCACUUGCAACAGUUAGUGAUGGAUAUCGGAGUAUAGACUAACACGUGCCAUUGUUUGGCCAAAAGGAAUCAUAUAUACAGGGUGAUUAGAAAGUAAGUGUAUUGUGUGUGUGUAUGUGUGUGUGUGUGUGUGUGUGUGAUAUAUAUAAUCUCAUUAUUUAUUUUUUUAAAGGGUGAUGAAUUGACUAUAUUAGUAUAGAUAGGUAACAAAACUGAAGUACUCUUUGUAAGCUUCUCGGUUAGUAGUGCAGAUCAUAAUGUUAACGGAAUAAUAUACAACUCUAUAACCACUAGAUGUCGUGGUAGCAACAUGAAUUUAGACUGCGCAAAAAGGGUUGUUCCAUUUAUGAAAUGCACUGUGCAGGAUUCUUUUGAUUUGAUUGAUUUGUAGCAUUUAAAGCACAAUUCAGGUACAACAAUAAUAAGAAGAAAAGAGAAGCAUGUUAUCAUUCGAAUGUGUCGGGUAUGGACUUUGCUUUAUGGAACUUCAUGCAUAUUUCUGAAUUGAAAAAGCAGUAGCUGACUUGGAUUAGUAAAUAUUGGUACUAAUAUAUUUAUUGCUGUAUGAUGGAUGUUUCAAUGAACGCAUUUUGUUAUUGAAUUAGGUAUUGGUGUUAUGACAUAAGUUAAGAGUGCGUAGUGUUUGAUUUUUUUUUUUUAUACAUGUAUUUUGUUUGAGGUCCUUUUCAAAACAACAUACUAUUUUGAUGUCUGGAUUUUAAGUUUCACGUGAUGUUUUGUUCCCAAGUUGCCAAGCUAGGUUGUUGUGGUGUAACUGUAUGUUGUGUAAAGUCCUGGACUAUUGCAUAAUACAUUAUUGGUUUGUUUCACACCCUGAUUAGCACUAAUCUUGGAUUACCUAAUGUUAAAUUGGGUAAGGUAAUCCAUGAAACCAGCCCCUGAAGUGCCCUGUAUUAAAUUUCUGCCUCAGCAUGCACCAAGUGAAUGAUGUGCAUCUUGAAAACAGUAUUAAUUAUUUUAUAAAUAUAACUAAAUA